AUAUAAUAUGGAAUAGCUCCCAAAAGGUAUUAUCUGCUUAAGAUCUUAGCCACUGUGUAAUAGUUUAUCAAAGCAACUACCAAUGGGGAUAUGAAAUGUUCUAAUGAGUUUGUAACAUAAGUCAUGUCGAUGGCUAGGGAAUAUAUCUAAUUGGUUUCUGAUUAAGCUAAUACAAUCUGUUUAGAAAAUGGAAAAAAAACAAUAUCAGGAGAGUUUUUUUAUAAGGCCAUUUAAAAAUUAAGGCUGGAAGGUUAAAUCCCAUUACUAAAAGAAAUUGAAGAAGAAAUCAAAGAGGAGGUUAAUGUAAAGUUUUGAUGCUAUGUAAAGGUGAAAAAUUAAAAUAAAGCAAGAUUUCAAGAUGAAGAACAUUUGAAGCAGUUAGAGGAAUAGCAAAAAGAAUUAUAUGAAAAAGCAAAAAUAGAGAACAGCAAACGUCAAAUUGAUGAAGAAGACAAUAAUAAACCUAGAAAAGCAUUAAAUUUACAAUUUGAAUAAGAAGAAGGGGAGGAGGAUCUUUAAUGA